GCUUUUAACCGGUGUACAGGGAACUCUUAGCAGCAGCUCAGCACCGCGGCUUCAGAACGUACGUCAAACACGGGGGCACUUCCGGAGAAGAUGCCUCGUCUUUUAAAUCUAUAAGCCGUGUUCUGUUGGCGAUUUCAAGCCUGUGAGGCCACUGGAAUGGUUUCGGAGGAUGGAAGCGAACGACGUGUCGGUCAGAGAGCAACUUUUUCACAACCGAGUCCGGGAGACCAUAAUCUGCGUGCUCCUGUUCACAUUCCUCUACAUCCUGUCCUACCUCAUACUGACACACUUCAAGAAGGCUGCCGAGUUUGUCACAGAUGAUAAUGAAGACGCCACCGUCAAUAAAAUUGCGCUGUGGUUGUGUACCUUCACCCUGUCUGUUGCAGUGUGUGCCGUCCUCCUGCUGCCCAUCUCCAUUUUAUCCAAUGAGGUGCUGCUCACUUUCCCCCACAGCUACUACAUGCAGUGGCUCAAUGGAUCGCUCAUUCAUGGCUUGUGGAACUUAGUUUUCCUUUUCUCAAAUUUGUCCCUGGUCUUCCUCAUGCCUUUCGCCUACUUCUUCACAGAGUCAGAGGGGUUUGCAGGAUCCAGAAAGGGUGUGAUGGCACGGGUCUACGAAGCAGUGGUGCUGCUGUUGCUGCUGGCCUUACUGGUGCUGGGCAUCGUGUGGGUGGCUUCAGCCCUCCUACAUGACAACAUCGCCAGGAAGAGCCUCUACGACCUGUGGGAUUCCUCCUGUCCCUCCCUGUACUCAGGCAUCUCUCUGUGUGGCGUCUUCUUGCUUUUAUUGUGCACUCCCUUUGGCUUGUCCCGAAUGUUCAGUGUAACCGGCAGCCUACUGGUCAAACCACGGCUCUUGGAGGACGUGGAGGAGACGCUGAACUGCACCACGUUUGAAGAGAACUCACUCUCCAGGAAACUCAACUGUAGCAAUACAUCGUGCUGGGUCAGACUGAACACAGAGGCGAUGAAAACAGAGUACCAGGCGGUCAGGAGCAAACGCAUCGCCCUGGAGAUGCGAAGAAAAGCUUCACCAUGGCAACGCAACCUGGGCUACCCUCUUGCCAUGCUUGCCCUUCUUGCACUGACGGUGAUGUGUGUGCUGAUGGUCUGUUUUAAUGUGCUUGAACUUCUCCUGGACGAGACGGCUUUACCCCGAGGAAUGGAGGACCCACACCUGGGAAUGGCCUCCUUCUCCAUGUUCGGUUUACUGGGUGCUGCAGUUCAAGUCGUCCUCAUCCUCUACUUGAUGGUGUCAUCGGUGGUUGGUUUCUACAGUUCUCCUCUCUUCACUGGCCUCCUGCCUCGUGCACAGGACACUAACCUCACCCAGAUCAUUGCAAACUGCGUCUCGUUGCUCGUCCUGAGCUCAGCACUUCCCGUCUUUUCACGCACACUGGGAAUCACCCGCUUCGAUCUGCUGGGAGACUUUGGCCGAUACAACUGGCUGGGAAACUUCUACAUCGUCUUCCUGUACAACAUGAUGUUUGCUGGUCUCACCUCGGCCUCGCUCAUCAAGACGGUCACCUGGGCCGUUCAGAGGGAGCUCAUCCGUGCCUUCGGUCUCCACAAACUGCCUUUAACUGUGUCAAGGUCCACCGUGCCCUUCAGACUCCUACUGGCCAGUGGGCUCUCUAGAAUCCAGUGAUCACUGCCUUCUUUAGACUUCAGGAACUGAGCCACUUCAAAUGCAAACCCACUGGAUUAAAUGCAUUUGUAAUUCAAGGCCUUUUAUUGGCUGUCGGUGUCGGCCGCUCCGCUUCAGCCACGAGCGGGGCCGCACUGACCAAAACAUCUGGGUUGACUGCAGGGACAUGAGCUGGUGCCUGAACUGAACUAAGUCAAGGUCGUGACCGGAACAAGGGGAAAAGGCCAGACCAACAGCUUCGCCACGGUGGGCACUACCCCCCCCUCCCCCCCUAAACCCCAGGCCUUACGAAAAGAGGAUUUUGCUGGUGUUGACACAUGUGAAAGUCAGCAGAAAUAUUUAGAAAUAUUACACCGUUACUCUGACAUAAUUUCCUCUUCCUGUUUCAGGUCCAUUAACUGCUCUCUCCUCCUGCGUGGUUUCCCCACGCUUUCCUCUCCUGUGCUGCUCCACUAUUUUAAGACAGACAAUCUUAUUUCCAUGUGUUUUUUUUUUGUUUUAGUCAUCCAGUCUGAGCCAGGGAUGCAUCAGUAAAUGAAAGGAAGUAACUACUAGAGACUAAUGGGACACACACACACACACACACACAUAUUCACAGUACAAUAAGUGUCUGUGCUUUCACAUAACAGGGGAUUCAGGACAGUGACAUGGUCAAAUGUUGGCGUGUUCUUAAAGCUUGUAUACAUAUACAUGUGGGGACAUUUUUAUGGUAAUUUGGGUUUGUUUUAGUUUCUGAACAACAUUACAUUUAGUCUUAGAUCGGGUCUUCAACUUUUACAAACACAUUUAAAAUAGAAAGCUUUAAUUUCUCAUGCCGGGUAUAUGAGAAGUGCCUUUAUCCAAUUAAGCUGUGAAUUACCAGGCUUUUUGGGGGAAUGUGCAAUAUUUCAUAAGUUAAACAAACACUUUACCAAAGAGUAAUUUCUUUUAUAAAUUCCUUAUUCUUUCUGUGAAGUAUUUUUAAUCAUUCCUUUUUGAUUGAACAAUAGGUGAGAGUUUGAGCUUUGUCUGAGAGUGAUGUGGAAAACAGUGAGUCAGUGAGUCUAUGCAGUUGUUUUUAUAUAUGCAUAUAUUUUUGAUAAUCAACAACAUGGUGUUGAUGGUCCUGUCUUUGACAUUGCUGCUGUAUCAGCAGGUUAGUAGCUGUCGGCUCCACCAGCAGGGGGCGCAGCCUCUCACACUCACCCUCGUCGGUGUUGUCUGAGGUUCCUGCUCUCUCUGGUUAGUCAUUAUGUGUAUUCUGUAAAAAGCUCCCCGAGGUUUACUUAUUACACUUUGGCUGGAAUUUUGUGGAAACACAAACCUUCUGAUGUGCCGUUUUUAUAUUUUAUUUUUAUUUAUGGGCAUUUUGGGAACUACAUUUACACGUUAGCUUAUUUCUCUGAGGAUUUUAACAGCAGUUAAAAUCCAGAAUGUGAUACAGUUUAGAGGGUAAAAAAAAAUCUUUAGAGUAUUUACUCAAAGAUUGAAAAAAUGUUUGACCUGUUUACUUUAUAAAGUGCUCCCAUUUUCUUAAAACUGGUUUUAACUAUCGUUCUUUGCCAAGAAAGAAAUAAAAAGUGUAUUUUUAA